AUGGUCAGCAGUAGAAGUCGUUGGAAAACUUCCCUCCAACUGACGGGCGUUGUCUUACCCGUCUGUCUCCUAUUGCCACUUCUCGCCGAACGUCAAGCAACGGUUAGCGCCUACAGCAGCGAUCUUGAUGAGACGGUGGAGCACAUUAAAAUUGGUGGGUUGUUCGAUGGUGCCACCGAAGAUGCGGAGCUCGCAUUCCAGUACGCCGUCGAGGCGGUCAACAACGAGAAGCUAUCGUACUCCAACUAUCAGCUAGAAGCGCAGGCAGUGCAAGUCAAAUAUGGCGACCAGUUCGAUGUGUCGAAGAAGCUCUGCCGGCUACUGAAGACCGGUGUUGCCGGUAUUUUUGGCCCAUCCUCGCCAAAAUCGGCCCUGCACGUGCAAAGUGUGUGCGACGAGAAGGAGAUGCCACACAUCGAGACGCGUUGGGAUGCAUACACGAAGUUGCCGACGCUAAACCUUCAUCCACAUCCCCACAUCAUGGGACGCGUGUUUCUGGAUCUGGUCGUAGCGUUCGAGUGGAAGUCUUUCACCAUCCUGUACGAGUCCGGUCCAUGGCUACCGAGUAUUGCCGAUCUGCUGAAGAUGUACGACCCGAAAGGCUACACGGUGACCGUCCGUCAGCUGGACCUGCGACUGAACGGUAACUACCGCGCAGUGUUACGGCGCGUCAAGCUGUCCGAGGACAAGCGCAUCAUACUCGCCUGCUCAAUCGAUUCGAUGCCCGAAGUGUUGAAGCAAGCCCAACAAGUAGGCCUGCUGACAGAUCACCAUCAAAUCAUCAUCACCUCGCUGGAUCUGCACACGAUCGAUCUGGAACCGUACCAGUACAGCGGUACCAACAUCACCGGAGUACGGUUGGUCGAUCCGGAAGAGGACAAAAUAAAGCAGGUUGCCGACUUCUUAAACGCGUCGCAGAUCGCCAAAACGCUCGAACUGCAGGACGGCCUGAACCCGGCCAAGAUGCGCGUUGAAACGGCGCUCAUGUACGAUGCAGUGUUGCUGUUUGCGGAAGCUCUGAAGCAUCUGAUUGGAACAGAACCGGCACAUCUGCUCGAACCGAUCUCGCUCAAGUGUGACGAUACGACCACCUGGAAGAGUGGUUACAGCGUCAUCAACUACAUGAAGAGUUCCACCAUCCAUGGGUUGACGCGCAGCAUCAAGUUCGACCACCAAGGGCAUCGAUCCGACUUUCUGCUCGACAUUAUUGAGCUUGGACCAGCCGGGCUCGAGAAGGUCGGCGUCUGGAACUCGACCGAGGGGCUGAACUUCACGCGCAAAAAGGAACAAACUUUGCUCGCGUUUGAUGAUGGUACGCUCCAAAACCGUACCUUUCUAGUGCUAACAGCAAUCUCACCACCGUACGGUAUGCUGAAAGACUCCCCAGUGAAGCUUACCGGUAAUGAACGCUUCGAAGGUUACGGCAUCGAUCUCAUACACGAGCUGUCACUGAUGCUCGGCUUCAACUACACCUUCAUACUGCAGGAGGACGGCGUGUACGGUUCCCUCAACAGAGACACGAAGAAAUGGAACGGCAUGGUACUCGAACUCCUCGAAUGGCGCGCUGAUCUUGCCAUUACUGACCUCACCAUCACGUCCGAUCGUGAGAGUGCCGUUGACUUCACAAUGCCCUUCAUGAACCUGGGCAUCUCGAUCCUGUACCGGAAGCCUACCAAGGAGCCACCAUCGCUCUUUUCCUUCAUGUCACCGUUCUCCAAGCAGGUUUGGGUGUAUCUCGGCGGUGCCUACAUGAUGGUGUCGAUGUCACUGUUCAUUCUAGGCCGUAUCUCGCCCAAGGAGUGGGACAAUCCCUACCCAUGCAUCGAAGAGCCGGAGGAGCUGGAGAACCAGUUCAGCUUCAGUAACUCGAUGUGGUUCACGAUCGGUGCACUCCUGCAACAGGGUUCCGAAAUCGCGCCCAAAGCUCCAGCAACGCGUGCCGUCGCCUCCAUCUGGUGGUUCUUUACCCUGAUCAUGGUGUCAUCGUACACUGCUAACCUGGCCGCCUUCUUGACCGUGGAGCAGGUCGUCUCACCCAUCAGCAACGCGGAAGAUUUGGCCGCUGCCGGUGGCGUCAUCAAGUACGGUGCGAAACGAGACGGCAGCACGAUCAGCUUCUUCAAGGAUGCUGAGUACGGGACGUACGCGAAGAUGUACCAGUACAUGAUGGCCAACCAGGAACUGCUUACCUCCUCCAACCCGGAGGGUUUGCAACGCGUCAAGACGGAAAACUACGCCUUCCUGAUGGAGUCCACCUCGAUCGAGUACAUUGUGGAGCGCGAGUGUGACGUCACGCAGAUCGGUGGUCUGCUUGACGACAAGGGUUAUGGAAUAGCAAUGCGCAAGAAUUCACCGUACCGUAGUGCACUCAGCGAGGCGGUGCUACGCCUUCAAGAGCAAGGUGUUUUGACUUCGCUCAAGCGCAAAUGGUGGAAGGAAAAGCGUGGUGGUGGCGCCUGUUCGCAAAGUACUAGCGAAGAUGGUGCGGAGGAGCUUGACAUGGACAAUGUUGGUGGCGUGUUUUUUGUCCUCUUUGUCGGCUGCUCAUUCGCCAGCUUGUUUGGCUGCUGUGAGCUGUUCUUCGUCAUUGCGCACCGUGCUAGACGACACAAGGUACCGUUCCGUGAGGAACUGAUGGCCGAACUGCGCUUUGUAGCCAAGUGUCACGGUAACACCAAACCGGUCCGGCACGGCAAAAGCUCUUCCGCCUCUGGGGAGAACUCACCCGAAUCGGGCCUGGAGUCCGCGGACCAUUCGACCACCUCCAGCAAACAUGACGUUUCCGGUACUCGGACCGGUGGUGACGAUGGCCCCACCGGUGUGGAGGACGCUACCGCUAAGCAGCGGAAACAAAAUGGUGGCAAGUCUGCCCUUAAUGGAAGCACUCGGAAGGGCAUGCUUGAUGACUAA